AUGUCAAGGUCAGAUGUUAGACUGUUGCUCACAUAUUUAUACAAUGUUCUCUUUGUAUGGACUGUCAAUCUUCUAGUGAAACUCAUUCGCACCAGUCGGAUAUUACCGUUAGCUUUCUCAUAAUGACAGUUUUCACGUGGUUUCGGGACUUUGUCAACCCUAAAAAUUUCAUCGAAGCCCAACGUCCAAUCAUUGCUGUAACUUUUCUUGGCGGGUUGACUCCAUUCAAAGUGGCUAAAGAACAAAACGAAACCGUUUUAAAGUGCAGCAUCUUUGGAUACGUGAAUUCUUUCAUCCAUACAACAAUCUUCAUCUUGUGCUACGUGAUGGCAAUCUCGAAACGGCAAAGUGUCACAGGAAAUUUCAUCCGGUCCGAAAUAAGUAACCUCGGUGACGUUUUGCAGGCAGGCACCGGAAUCGGAGCCCUCAUUAUGACCUUUAUCUACAGCAUCUUUCUCCGAUUUAAACUCAUUGAAGCGUUCCACUCUUUGGCCAGGACAGAUCAGCACUUGAGGCUUAUCGGUGUCGAAAUUAACUACAAGAAAAGCUUUUACCGCAACAAUCUGAUAAUUUUUCUACAAGUGCUAGUCUUGGGCACGUAUGCUGCUGUAUCGUCCGCGAUCGUCCUCAACUCAGGAUACUUAUUGUGCCUCUCCGCGUGGAUGUCGUUUCUUCUGCCCUUCAUGAUGAUGUCUAUGAUCAUCAUAUUGUUCUUUUCUUUGGUUGACCAAUGCCAACAUCGAUUUGGUUUGCUAAACAAAGUAUUGGUAUCGAUUCGUAGUAAAAUUUUAGAAAAGCAGAUGCUUAGAUAUUCGAAGAAAAACAUUACCGAAGUCGCAUUGUCCCAGAAGCCUCUUGCAAUGUCCACGGUGUUUCCAAUUUGCUACUCUGAGAUUAUCAAUCAUUUGGCUAGUAUUCAAAGUGAGCUCUGUGAUGCAUGUGAUUCAGUAGAGGAUCAUUUUACUCUUCAAAUGUUGACAGUGGUGGCAAUAUCGUUCCUCACAAGUGUUUUUGAUCUGUAUUAUAUUUCGGACAAAUUAUUUACUGGUGGCUCAGCGGAAGCAGAUAUCAGCAUGUUCCAGUUUGUGACGUUUUUCUUCUACCAAGGAUUGGUGCACGUGAUUGCGGUUAUGAAAAUAGUAUACAUCACUAGUUUGGCCAUACAAAAGAACAAACAAAUUGCAGUCAAUGUUCACAAAUUAAUUAACGUUAACCAUUAUGAUGAAGAGUUGACAAAACAGCUAACCAAUCUUUCGCUGCAAAUGACUCACAGGAAAGUGGCUUUCACAGCUUAUGGAUUUUUCAAGCUUGAUUUCACUCUGCUCUUCACGCUUGUUGGUGCAGCUACCACUUACCUGGUUAUUCUUGUUCAAUUCAGCCUAAACCAAUCCCCACCAUGUGAUCAAAAAAUGUCAAUUCCUGAUCUGGCCCAAGGAAACGCAACAUUGUCACCAUAAAUAAAUAAAAAAAAUCAAACGGAAACAUAAACAUUUUCAUUACUUUUUAAUUAGAUGUUUAAUUUACUUGAAUAAAUGUUUGGUGU